UUAUGGCUGUAUUGUAAUUUGACGGCUACGAAAAUGCCGGGAGACUCGAGAAAACAGUUUGUUUUAACGACAGCAGCAAAUUAUUUCACUGUUCCAUUAAAUGACACAUCUCUAGAGAAUUUACAAAAUUCCUCGGCUCUCAACAGUUUUCUUGAUGACGGAAAUGUUUCUGUUUUAUCUGUGAAAAAAGAUGCGAAAGGUGGUCAGAGUAUCAGUUUAUCAAAUAAGGUUGAAUCUGGUGAUGACAAAGAGAAUGCCAUUGUCUUCUUUAAAACGAAACCAGAUGUAUUGAAUCCUGAUAAUAUACAUCAGAAUGUUAUCGUAUCAUCUAUGAUAGAAAGUCCUUUAAACACUCUGUAUCACGCCGUCCAGAAAUUAUACUCACCCUUACUGUUAGAAGAUGCUAGGUGGAGUCGUGGUCUCGAUCCUAAACUACAGAGUUUAUUGAGUGAGUUGGAGGCCGGAUUGGGUAGCACUAUUCGUCGUAAGGAUCCCUCCUUCCGUGGAAAAGCUGGAGAUGAAGAUAAUCUUGGAAAUAUCCUUUCACCUAUGGAUGAGUUUAAUUAUUGGUCAGAUCAAGCUCGAAGUGGAUCACGACAAGAUGACAAAGAAAGAGCUCAGAACUUUUUGGAUUUAUUUAAGCCUAUCUGUAAAGAUUACGGAGGUUUGGAUUCAAUGCCGUUUCAAGAUGUGAUGGAGUUAGUUGAGAUUACCCAGGAUACCUUGGAUGAUGUAUGGAAACAAGGAGAUCACGAUCCACCGUAUCCUGAAAAUAGAAUGAAGCAUCUCAUGGAUAUUAUUGGCGGAAGUUUGGCGCGGUAUGUUCAGAAGAAAUUAUCUGAAGAAGAUUUGUGGUUUGGACAAUUUACUCCAGUUAGAGAAUCUCUACGUUCAGGUUUGACUAUCUGUGAACGCUGGGUAGCCGUCUGUCAAACACUGACCAUGCAGUUCUGGAGAAGAUAUGCUGCACAUUCCUGGAAGGGGGAGAAGGCUGUUCCAGAGAGUAUAAAACAACUUGGUGAUAGAUUGGAGGAGAUUUUGUCACUGAGAACUGUUCAUGAACAUGUACUACGUCUGCUGUCGUCGUCUGAACAGAAAGAUUUACAGACAACAGACGCCUUUACCCCAUUUCUUGGUCUCAACCCCUUACAGUACAAUCCUUACACCAUGCCCCUGUGGAAUGCUGCAGUUGCUCAGUAUGAACGAGCCAUGGGACCUGCAGAACAGAAAGUAGCUGCCAAAUUAAGGGGUCAAUUCCGUGGGCUAGAAGGUUAUCCUCAACAGUUAUUACGAGAGUUCCAGAGAUACAAAGCUUUGAUUAAAAGACCAACCAUCAGAAAAGAGAUGGCCUCCGAAAGGGAGACCUUAUUAGGUCAACUAACAGUUUAUGUUCGACAGGUUGGUGAAGAUUUUAAUUCUCGUACUGGGGGACGUGGUGGUAAAUCUGUUCCUAAAGGAAAGAAUCUACCAGAUGUCGUUAAUAACAUUAUCUUCGUAAGACAGCUUGAAGCUAAGAUUGAAGAAACUUCAGUUGUUGCAGAGGCCUUGCUUGGUGACCUGACAGGAUUUCAGAAAUUUCAGAAAAAUGCACAAGAUUUACGAGACGAACUUCAGAACUGGAGACGAGAACAAUUUGAUGAGUGGUCUCGAGAAAUGCAGUCAUUGAUUGAAGACACAAGACAACCAAUCAGCUUGGAGACUAAUGGUAGAUUGAUGGAAUUGAAUACAGUUGACGGGAAACUACGAGUUAAUUAUAGCGAGCGUCUAGUGACCUUAUUACGAGAAGUUAGACAACUCUCAGCGAUUGGUUUCGCCGUUCCGUCCAAGAUUCAACAUGUAGCUAACGUCGGUCAAAAGUUUUACAGGCACGGUGUAGUUCUAAAACAGGUUGCCCAUUUUUAUAAUACAAUAGAUCAGCAGAUGAUAGCCAGUCAACAAGCUAUGAUGUUAGAUUCAGCCAUGGCAUUCGAAAAACUGGUCAAAAAUCCUAAAUCUGGUAGUAAAUCUAAAGGUGAAGGUGGACAGGUAACCUGGGACAAUCCAGAAGAAUUAGAACAUUAUAUUAAAAAACUACAGGCUGCAGCUGAUAGAUUGACUACAGAAAAUAGACGCUUGAGAAAAUCACAUUUCGUAGUUUCUGACAAGGUUCAACUGUUAAUGAGUAUAGAUUUAUUAUUACAGAUUCAACUGUUAAUGAGUGUACCCUGA